CGGGACACACCUCAUUAACCCUCAUCCCCAACCCAUUACUCCCACUCCCCAUAUUUCUCUCUUUUAUUCUCUUUCUAUUUCGAGGGGGUAAUGGGGGAGCACAAGACUCACAACAACCGCUGGAACUGGGAGGUGAGUGGCUUCGAGCCGCGCCGUUCGUCGCCCUCCUCGCCGGAGGAGCUACCUUCGCCCACUCGUGCACCGUUGAUGCGACGCUAUUCGAUCUCCGCCGCCGCGUCUUCCACGGUGUCCUCGGAGUUCUCUAAGCAGGCCCUGGCUUCUAAGUUGCUGCGAUUGAAGGAUAAACUUAAGCUAGCAAAAGAAGACUACUUGGAGUUGCGACAAGAUGUUAGUGAUCUACAGGAAUAUUCAAAUGCCAAACUUGAUCGGGUUACACGUUACUUAGGUGUUCUUGCAGAGAAAACUCGUAAGCUAGAUCAGUUUGCUGUUGAAAGUGAGGCUAGAAUAUCUCCGUUGGUCAAUGAGAAGAAAAGGUUGUUUAAUGACUUAUUGACAGCCAAAGGAAACGUAAAGUUAUUUUGUCGGAUAAGGCCACUUUUUGAAGAUGAGGGUCCUUCGAUUGUUGAAUUUCUUGAUGAGUGUACUAUUCGUGUAAAUACCGGUGAUGAUGCAAUCUCCAACCCUAAAAAAGAUUUCGAAUUUGACAGAGUUUAUGGACCUCAUGUUGGACAAGUGGAGCUGUUCAAUGAUGUUCAACCAUUUGUGCAAUCAGCUUUGGAUGGAUAUAAUGUUUCCGUAUUUGCUUAUGGACAAACUCGGUCAGGAAAGACAUACACCAUGGAAGGAUCCAACCAUGAUCGCGGCUUAUAUGCUCGUUGUUUUGAGGAACUGUUUGAUUUAGCCAACUCAGAUUUAACUUCAACUUCUAAAUUCAAUUUCUCUGUCACAGCCUUUGAUCUCUAUAAUGAACAGAUAAGGGAUUUACUCUCAGAAUCAGGGAGCACUUUACCUAGGAUACAGUUGAAGUUACCAGAAUCUUCAGUAGAACUUGUGCCGAACAAAGUUGAUAACCCAAUGGACUUCUCUAAAGUUCUGAAAGCAGCAUUUCAAAGCCGACAAAGUGACACAUCAAAGUUCACUGUUUCUCAUUUGAUCAUCACAGUGCACAUAUACUAUAACAAUCUGAUCAGUGGAGAAAACUCGUACAGCAAGCUCUCUCUAAUUGACUUGGCUGGAAGUGAUGGUCAAAUUUUAGAAGAAGACAGCGGGGAGCGUGUUACAGACUUACUUCAUGUCAUGAAAUCACUUUCGGCGUUGGGAGAUGUUUUGUAUUCUUUGACCUCAAAGAAAGAUGAUAUUCCUUAUGAAAAUUCAAUGCUUACCAAUAUACUUGCAGACUCGCUAGGGGGGAACUCAAAAAGUUUAAUGAUUGUUAACAUCUGUCCAAAUGCUGCGAAUCUGUCUGAGACAUUAUCAUCUCUUAAUUUUGCUGCACGAGCUCGAAAUUCUGUGCUAAGUCUUGGAAACAGGGAUACUAUUAAGAAAUGGAGAGAUGUUGCAAAUGAUGCACGUAAGGAGCUCUAUGAGAAGGAAAAGGAAAUUCAAGAUCUCAAACAAGAGGUUUUGGUACUAAAACAAGCACUUAAAGAGGCAAAUGAUCAGUGUGUCCUAUUAUUCAAUGAAGUUCAGAAGGCGUGGAAAGUGUCGUUUACUCUGCAUUCAGACCUAAAGUCUGAGAAUGUUAUGCUUGCGGACAAGCAUAAGAUAGAGAAGGAACAGAAUGCUCAGCUCAGAAAUCAAGUAGCUCAAUUGCUUCAGUCAGAACAAGAAGCAAAGUUGCAAAUGCAACAAUAUGAUUCAACAAUCCAAACAUUGCAGGUUGCAAAAUUUAAAAGUCUCGAAUCACAACUCAGUGAUGCUAAAUCCUUCAGCUCAGAAAAGGGGUCUGUAGUUUCAACAAUAUCAAAAGCAGCAGCAGAUGGUAUGGAUUCUUCAGAUGUGGCUAAGAAGCUUGAGGAAGAGCUUAAGAAACGUGAUGCUCUGAUUGAGAGGUUGCAUGAAGAAAAUGAGAAAUUAUUUGAUAGAUUAACCGAAAAAGCAUCUACGGUCGGAUCAACACAGGUUCCAAGCCCUUUAUCUGAACAAACAGCAAAUGCUCAGCCUCGAGACCCUGGGAGGAACGAUAACAAGGGACGGUCCAUGGAUGUCCCUUUGCAAUUGGCCUUGGACAAGACUGAUGAUGCUGGUGCUUUGGUUAAAGCGGGUUCAGAUAAAGUUAAAACCACACCUGCAGGAGAAUACCUUACUGCUGCACUGAAUGACUUUGACCCUGACCAAUAUGAUAGCAUUGCUGCCAUCUCAGAUGGAGCAAACAAGCUUUUGAUGCUGGUCCUAGCAGCUGUCAUUAAAGCAGGUGCUUCUAGAGAGCAUGAAAUACUUGCUGAAAUUAGAGAUGCUGUUUUUGCUUUUAUCCGGAAGAUGGAGCCAAAGAGAGUAAUGGAUACCAUGCUUGUUUCCCGUGUUAGAAUUUUAUAUAUAAGGUCUUUGCUUGCUAGAUCACCUGAGCUUCAGUCUAUCAAGGUUUUCCCAGUUGAGUGCUUUCUAGAAAAGCCUAAUUCAGGACGUAGUAGAAGUUCCAGCCGGAGUAACAGUCCUGGAAGAUCUCCCGUUCUUUAUGUUGAUGAACAGAUCCAGGGCUUUAAAGUAAAUAUAAAGCCAGAAAAGAAAUCAAAGUUGUCCUCAGUUGUUUCAAGAAUACGUGGACUUGAUCAGGAUUCUCCGAGACAGCAGCAGGUUACAGGUGGAAAGCUAAGAGAAAUACAAGAGGAGGCCAAAAGUUUUGCAGUUGGAAACAAAGCUCUUGCUGCUCUUUUUGUCCAUACUCCUGCUGGUGAACUGCAGCGGCAAAUUAGGUCAUGGCUUGCAGAAAGUUUUGAGUUUCUUUCCUUUACUGGGGAUGAAGCAUCUGGGGGAACCACUGGUCAGUUAGAGCUUCUUUCAACUGCUAUUAUGGAUGGUUGGAUGGCCGGACUUGGUGCUGCACUCCCUCCUAAUACAGAUGCUCUUGGUCAGCUUUUAUCGGAGUAUGCAAAGCGGUUUUUUACUUCUCAAUUGCAGCACUUGAAGGAUAUUGCUGGCACCCUGGCAACAGAAGAGGCUGAUGACGCUGCCCAAGUGGCAAAGUUGCGUUCAGCUCUUGAAUCCGUUGAUCACAAACGAAGAAAAAUUUUGCAACAAAUGAGAAAUGAUGCUGCAUUGCUAACAUUGGAGAAUGGCAGUUCACCCAUUCAGAAUCCUUCUACUGCAGCUGAAGAUGCCCGUUUAGCAUCUCUGAUUUCUCUUGAUGGCAUAUUGAAGCAAGUCAAGGAUAUAACGAGGCAAUCCUCUGUAAGUAGCAUGGGUAGAAGUAAGAAGAAAGCAAUGCUAGCAUCUCUAGAUGAGCUGGAUGAACGAAUGCCCUCUCUCCUUGACAUUGAUCAUCCAUGUGCUCAGAGGCAAAUUUCCAAUGCUCGGCGCCUGGUUGAGUCGAUCCGUGAAGAGGAUGAUAAGGCGCUAGAUAUAGAUCCUGCUCAAAAGCCACCUACGGAAUUGGGAUCCGGUACAGAAACUGAUGUUGCACAAUGGAAUGUAUUACAAUUCAACACAGGCUCUAUAACCCCAUUCAUCAUUAAGUGUGGAGCAAACUCGAAAUCUGAAUUGGUAAUCAAGGCAGAUGCAAAGGUUCAGGAACCCAAAGGUGGUGAAAUUGUGAGGGUUGUUCCAAGGCCCUCGGUUUUAGAAAAUAUGAGCUUGGAUGAAAUGAAGCUCGCAUUCUCCGAACUUCCGGAGGCUCUGGGAUUACUUGCCCUAGCUAGGACUGCAGAUGGUACCCGAGCUCGAUAUUCCAGAUUGUAUAGGACUUUGGCGAUGAAGGUUCCAUCGCUAAGGGAUCUAGUCGGAGAGCUCGAAAAAGGAGGGGUAUUGAAAGAUGUGAAGUCGUGAAUGCAGAGGGUAUCUUUAUUUUGUUUUGGGAUGUUGAGUGUUUAUGAUAUUUAGGAGGGAUUGUGUCUGCAGGGACAUAUGGUGGUGUUGUAAACCUGUGAUUUAACGUGCUUGUAGGGCUUGUAU